ACUUUCUUCAUUCACAACCAUCACGUCCCCUCCCUUCUCUUGCGAGGCUCCUCGACUCCAGAAACAGUUCGCAGUAAGAGGUUUACCUGUUCUUAUACUAACGAGAGAAGCUGACGCCUUAACGGUGGACUAUAGACAGCUCCGUGAUUAUUCCUUGUGGAAAUAUAGCUAUUCAUGUACAAGUCCUCCAAUCCUAUCAUUUUGAUGCCACAUUCCCAAAGCAACUGAGCCUCGUCAGAGAAUCAACAGACAUAAAGGCAGCCAAAGGAUUCAUCUUCAGAGAGGCCAAAAGAUAAGGAAGAAGGGAGGCUUUGAAGCUGGAACACCCACCACCCUUACUGAAUAAUGGUGACUUUUUGAGAGUGUGUUGUUCUCCGGUCAAGGCCUACAUGCCACUGUGAUCACAAGGAAGUGGACAAAGUAAGGACAAGGAUAAACAAUAAAAAUCACUUUUGUCCAACUUUUGUCUAUCAUUAAAAGGAGGUGCAAAUCUUAUCACUGAGAGACGAUCCCCUCACACACUGAAUUCUGGGAAACAGAAUGCCAGCCAAGACGCCCAUGUACUUAAAGACUACCACACCAAAGUGGGGGAAGAAGCUCAAGCUGCGAGACGUCUUGUCCAGCGACAUGAUUAGCCCCCCGCUAGGGGACAUGCGCCACAGUGCCCAUGUCGGGCCGGAGGGGGAGGGCGACAUGUUCGGAGACGUGGGCUUUUUGCAGGGCAAGAUGGACAUGUUGCCCUCCCUGAACGGCUUACCACGGUCCCACAGUAUGGAGAGGCAUCUGGAAGAGGCCUACCCCAUGAACGACAAAGGAUCCAACCACUCUUGUAACAACCACCGCAACCCCUACCACCACUCUACCAGCAUGCUGAAGAGCACCAUCUCCAUGCCUGUGUUCAUCGCCCAUGAGCAGGCCCCGCCCAAGCCACCUCGACUUCACCUGGAGGACUCAACCCCCCCGUCCCAGCAGCAACAGUACCAACCUCUGCCAAACAACCAUAACCAAAACCAGCAGAACCAUUACUCUAUUUCUGUGUGUGACCAGGGUGUCGGCUGCUACAUGGACCCCUGCCACAACCUUAGCUACUCUGCCUCCUUCAGGCACAUGGUGCCCUCCUCCGGCUCCUUCUCAGAGGUUUCCUCAGAGGACUCCAUGUCAGAGAGCUGUGGCCCCCUGGACCCUCGGAGGGGGCUGAGCCUGGAUUCAGACGCUGGCCUGAGCAAUGAGGACCUGGGGAGCGAGCGGAGUGAGUCGCCCACCGUGUGCCCUAGGUUCUCUCCCGGCGUCUCCCACUCAGAGUCCCUGAUGGGCUUGGAUCUGGACCUGGGGCCGUCCAUCCUGGAGGACGUGCUGAGGAUCAUGGACCGCUACAAGAGCAUUGAUGACCGCUGUGAGUUGUGAGCAGAGGGAGGAAAGGGGCUUAGACACCGCUGUGCAGAGAGGUGUCUGGGACACUUUUAUUGCCAUCCUCCAUAUAGCCUAAUGAUGAUUGGUCUGGUCCAACAAACAGACAGAGACAGAGGAUAGUGCCAGGACUGACGGACACAAACGCUGGGACUGUGGGACUAUAUAAUAUCCAGACUGGAUACACAGCAGCUUCAGAACAAACCAUUUGUCUUUUGAUAUUCAGAUUCACAAUGGUGGAGAGACAAUCAUUUCUCCCACCCAAAUGCUGUCUACAUUUUCGCAGACUAUCAUUUGAAAUGUUUUUCCGCAUUUCACUAUUGUUAGGGUACAUAAAUCAUACUUCACUAACUCCCUAAGUAAGCUCUGUGGUUUUCUGAUAGGAUGAAACGUAGUUGCCUCAAAAUACAAUUCAUGUGCUUUUGAUAUUCUUACAGGCACAAAUUUUUUAAAGUUCUGUGUGUACCUCUGUGAGGAAUUUGACUGUUUUAUGUCAGUACAACAUUGUCAAGAAUGGAGUAUUCUAUGUAUUAGGUUGCCAUCUAGUGGCAAAUGUAAUGACAUCCAAAAUGCAACCGUUCUAGCAGGGCAAAAACUGAGGUCAAAAUGUUUUUUGUGUGCAUUAGAAUCAAAGUUUGAGAAUUGUGCAGCUUCUUCAAAAUCCUUUAAAUAUAGUGGGAUAACCAGAGAAAGUUCAUAUUUUGUAACAGCGGUGCAAUUUCUGGAAUUGCAUCAAAUCCCUCAGCAUUUUAUUAUAUUGUGUUGAUAUAUUAGUGUAUUUCAAAUGGUUAUGUACUGUAUAUUACUGUAAUGUAUUAAAUCAAUAUGUACAUUAGAUGCUGUACCAUCCCUUUUUUUAUAUAUAGUACCAGUCAAAAUGUACUAAUUCAAGUGUUUUUCUUUAUUUUUACUAUUUUCUACAUAGUAAAAUAAUAGGGAAGACAUCAAAACUAUGAAAUAACACAUAUGGAAUCAUGUAGUAACCAAAAAAGUGUUAAACAAAUCAAAAUAUAUUUUAUAUUCUUCAAAGUAACCACCCGUGGCCUUGAUGACAGCUUUGCACACUCUUGGCAUUCUCUCAACCAGAUUCAUGAGGAAUGCUUUUCCAACAGUCUUGGAGGAGUUCCCACAUAUGCUGAACACUUGUUGGCUGCUUUUCCUUCACUCUGUGGUCCAACUCAUCCCAAACCAUCUCAAUUGGGUUGAGGUCAGGGGAUUGUGGAGAGCAGGUCAUCACUCUCCUUCUUGGUCAAAUAGCCCUUACACAGCCUGGAGGUGUGUUUUGGGUCAUUUUUCCUGUUGAAAAACAAAUUACAGUCCCACAAAGCUCAAAUCAGAUGGGAUGGUGUAUCGCUGCAGAAUGCUGUGGUAGCCAUGCUGGUUAAGUGUGCCUUGAAUUCUAAAUAAAUCACAGACAGUGUCACCAGCAAAGCACCCCCACAUCAUCACACCUCCUCAAUGCUUCACGGUGGGAACCACACAAUUGGGGUCCAGAGUGGCGCAGCAGUCUAAGGCACCCCAUCUCAGUACUAGAGGUGUCACUACAGACCCUGGUUAAAUUCCAGAAGGUAUCACAAGUGGCCGUGACUGGGAGUCCUAUAGGAUGGCACAUAAUUGGCCCAGUGUUGGCUGGAGUAGGCCAUCAUUGUAAAUAGGAAUUUGUUCUUAACUGACUUGCCAAAUAAAAUCAUUGAAAUGCAUUCCAGGUGACUACCUCAUGAAGCUGGUUGAGAGAAUACCAAGAGUGUGCGAAGCUGUCAUCAAGGCAAAGGGUGGCUGCUUUGAAGAAUCUCAAAUAUAUUUUUAUUUGUUUAUCACUUUUUUGGUUACUACAUGAUUCCAUAUGUAUUAGUUCAUAGUUUUGAUGUCUUCACUAUUAUUUGACAAUGUAGAAAAUAGUAAAAAUAAAGAAAAACCCUUGAAUGAGUAGGUGUGUCUGAACUUUUGACUGGUACUGUAUGCAUCUCAACCCUGGGACGGGGACCCAAAGGGGUACACAUUCCCACCCUCAUACACCCAACCCCAAAUGAGAGGCUUGAUGGAUCCCCAGGGCCAGGACCAAGAAACACAGCUCAAAGAAAUAUAAUUCCUUUCUUAAACUGAAAAUAAAGCACCUUAUUAUUUUGUAUAUGAAAUUUCCAUCAACACAUAAUGAAGGGCUGAUCUGCUCCCAUAAUUUGCUAAGUGAUAACAGAACAGGGAAGAUUGUAAUUAUGUAAUGAAACAUUUUGAUUUUGUCUUUGAAAUGUGUGGGCCUUUAUUGUGUUGUCGAUAAAUAAAAGAGUGGAAUCUGUGGAAA